GGCAGGAGUGAGCAGGUCUGUUCUGAACGAAGAAGAAGAAAAGGAAGGCAGCGUGAAUGCAGCAAGAAACAACAACAGUCAGCUGUUUAAAUUCAAGUAGCUCUAUCGGUUCGUCUGCUUCUUAUCCACAGGAGCCGAUGAGCACCAACACAGAGAUAAAGACUGAUGGAGCUGAGGACAGUUUGGAGGAGCAGGGAGCCAUGGCAGCAGGACCAAGUUCUGCUGGACAGAAAGGGACGUCUGCCAAGCCAGUUUGGACGUUGCUAGAAGAAGCAGCUCAAAUGAAAACGGAAGGGAACGCGUUCUACAGAGAGAAAAACCUUCGCUCGGCCAUUGGCUAUUAUCAUCGCUCUCUGCUGGUGCUCAGAGGCCUCGAUGCUGACGUCAUGGCAUCAGUGAAAGGAUUCACACCUGAGAAACCUCCUCUCACAUUCGAACAGGAGGCUUUACUGAGAAACACACAAGUGGACUGCUACAACAAUCUAGCUGCAUGUUUACUGCAGAAACAGAACGUUGAUUACACUCGGGUGCUGGAGUACAGCCUGCGUGUUCUGCAGUGGCAACCAGGAAACGUUAAAGCGAUGUACAGGGCAGGAGUAGCCACUCUGGAAAUCGGAGACGCUCAGAGAGCCAAACAGUACCUGAGCCAGGCCUGCAAAGAGCUUCCUAACGAUGCUAACGUAAGGAAGCACCUGCAGAGGGCAGAAGAGAAGCUGAACCAGGAGCUACAGAGAGAGAGAGACAUGUAUCGAGGCAUGUUUUCCUCCAGCCCUAAAAGCAGCACCUAACCAGAGGUGCACCGGCAGGAGUUCACACCGACGGCUUCAUGAGCCCAAAUAAAAUGUUCAACCUCAGACUGAAUGCAUGCGGAAGAGCUUGAGUUUGACGUGGACGUAGAAAAGUGAAUGUUUAUGUAAGAGACAGACUACUGGAAGGCAGUCAGUAGGACAGUAAAUACGCUGCUGCUGCUGAAAAUAGAAAGACGAGGACAGAAGACUUAGUUUCCUAGCAACAUGGAUGAAAGUCCACUAAUCUAGGCCUGUGAACUCUGGAGACGCUUCGUGCUACUACCCCGAAGCCUCCAAAAUCGUGCAUCUGUCAGCUCACCGAUCAUGGAUUUCUGAGUUUUCAAGUAAAAUAUUUUUAAAUCAC